AUGAAAGAUCUUCUUCCUUGGAAACUCCCUGCUCCUCAGAAAUACGCCUUUGUUAAUGCUACCGUUAUCGACUCUGCUAACGGUGUCGCAAUCGAAGGCUUAACCGUGCUCACAGGAGACGGCAAGAUCGCAGACGUCUUCAAAGGAGCAGCUCCGCCAGACUACACAAUUGUUGACUGUACUGGUAAAUAUUUGUGUCCUGGACUUUUUGACAAUCACGUUCACGUGCUUGCCUCUCCUGGAGAGGACAACUUGAAAGAUCUGUUCCAGCUCCAGCGUGACACUGCCAUGUUUCGUGCUGCAAAGAAUAUCGAGUCGAUGUUGGCCAGAGGUUUUACAUCUAUUCGUGACACUGGAGGUGCCGAAUAUGCUAUGCUUCAGGCCAUUGAGGAGGGAGUCAUUAAAGGACCACGUCUUUUUUAUUCUGGCCCGGCCAUCUCUCAGACUGGUGGCCACGGAGACUUCCGUGGACGCGAAAUUCCUUCUGACCACUGCAACUGCCACAUGCGCUCUCUAGGUGUCAUUGCCGACGGUGUUACUGAGUGCAUGAGAGUUGCCAGAGACAAUCUUCGUCAGGGCGCACACUUCCUUAAAAUAAUGGGCGGUGGUGGCGUUGCUUCUCCAACAGAUAAGCUCACUAAUAUGCAGUACACCGAAGAAGAAAUCCGUGCCAUAGUCCAGGUCGCCGAUUCCUACGACACAUUCGUCACUGCCCAUGCAUACACUACUCGAUCUGUGCGCGCAUGCGUGCUCAAUGGAUGUAUGGGAAUUGAACACGGCAAUCUGAUGGACGACGAGACGGCCCAGCUAGUUGCUUCCAAGGGUGUCUAUGUCACUCCGACUCUUGUUACCUACAAAAUUAUGAGCUCCAAACAAUUCAGCCGCUUCUUGAGUGCCGACUCCCAGGAGAAGAACAAAGUUGUGCUCAAAAGUGGUCUGGAGUUUCUCACGCGUGCCAAAAAAUAUGGUAUCAAGAUCUGCUACGGGUCCGACCUGCUUGGAAGUCUUUCAGCUUACCAGACGUCCGAAUUUUCGCUCAGAGGAGAGGUGCUACCUGCAGCCGAUAUCCUCAAGUCUGCGACUAUCACGCCAGCUGAGGCCCUCAAGGUUGACCAUCUCAUUGGGCAGAUCAAGCCGGGCUUUUACGCUGAUCUUCUCGUCCUCGAACGCAACCCGCUAGAUGACAUCAGCGUUUUGGACCACUACGAAGAAAACCUGCGUGUUGUCAUGAAAGAUGGAAUAGUCUACAAAAGUAACUGGGAUGGACUGAAGUGCGAGGUAAAAGCCUAG